UGGAGCAAUUAGUUCCCGAGGCCACAUCAAACAACGCGAUCUGUUCUGCAGCAAAUUGAACCAAUUUCCCCAAACAAUCAGCCAUGAUGAAACCCCAGAAUAUUGGCAUUAUUUUGGCGCUGUUGGCAUGUCUAGCCAGUUUCUCGGCUGCCUCAUCUGCCGGAGACUACGAGGAGCUGUGCCGACUCUUCAAAAAUGGCACUCUAAUCCGUAAACCUGGUACCUGUCACCAGUACAUCGAGUGCUUCGAUGGCGAGGGUACCCUCAAGACCUGUCCAUCCGACCAGUCAUUCGACUCCAACAAGUCAAAGUGCGUGGAAACAUUGGAAAAUAGCCACCUGUAUUGCGGCAAUCGAUGCGAGGGAAAGGACGGAGUCUGGGUAUCAGAUCCCACGGAGUGCCACAAGUACUUUUACUGCAGCGAUGGUGUUUCCCUCGCGGGAAUGUGUCCUGUUGGCCAGCAUUUCGAGGAGACAUCGCAGAGUUGUCUGCAUGGACUAGACUCCAAUUGUGUCGAUGUGAACAACAUUUGCGAAAUCCUGCCCGAUAAGACCAAAUUCCGUAAGGACGACGAUUGCGCUUACUACUACGAAUGUAAAAAUGGAAACCACGUUUUAAAUAGUUGCAUCGACUCUAAGAACCGAAAGUAUUUCGACGUGGAGAGCGGCAGUUGCGUGGAGCCCAACAAGAUCGAUUGCGCCUCCCACUCCAAGCUGAACGUUUGCUCCGCCAGCAAAACUGCGGUUUAUAAGUCGGAUGGUGCCACUUGCCGCGGCUACUUUCUGUGCAAGGCUCUAGAAAUUGUGGCCGAUCUGGACCCCAUCUGGAUGCAGUGCCCCGAGGGCUACUUCUUUGAUGAGGAUCUCCAGGUGUGUGGCAAGGCUAACACGGUGGUCUGCACCCACAACAGGUGCGACGGACGCGGCACAAGCAUAGUGGCCAGUAGCACCAAUAACUGCCACAACUACAUCCGCUGUGUGGACAACAAGCAGGUGGAGGAGGAGACCUGCCAUUUCGACCAUUUCUUUGACGAGACCAUCUCAGCCUGCACCUCCAAGAUCAUUUACGACAAGUGCUGUGAUGGUCGAGAUUGAGGUGGGGACUCAAGGGUUGAUCUUUAAAUAAAAAUUGCAAAAAUCAAACCG